AGCGUGUGCUGUAGUGCUUGUGUCUUGUCAACACAGCUGACGGAGGUGUAGCAGAUCCACUCCUGCGGCCUUACUCACCCCCCUCCCUCAGUUUCAUGUCACCAGAUAUAGGAAAACUCCCAUGAUGGAACUGAGCCAUAGCCUGACACUUAAUGAGGGGGCACUCCAACAACUUCCACCUGCAAAGCGGCCAAUUUUCAUAUUUGAAUGGUUACGAUUCUUGGACAAGGUUCUCGAAGCUGCCAACAAGUCAGACAUAAAGGGAUGUCAGAAACAAUUGGUAACCCAGUUGGUGGGACAAAUGAACGAAUCUCCUGGCCCACCAACACGGAAAUUAGUGGCUCGGUGUUUAGCAACACUUUUUAGUGUUGGAGAUACCUUCCUUCUAUUUGAUACAAUCAACAAAUGCAACGAUGUGCUGAAGAACAAGGACGACUCCCCAAGCUACUUGCCCACAAGACUGGCUGCAGUUACAUGUAUUGGAGCAAUGUAUGAGAAGCUUGGCCGCAUGAUGGGUCGUUCGUAUGAAGAUACUGUGCAGAUAUUAAUUAAAGCAUUACGAAAUGCAGAAUCCCAGCUGAGAAUAGAAAUAAUGAUAACGUUGGAAAAAAUAACUGCAGGUAUGGGGUCAGCUGCAGGAAAUGUACACAAGGAUAUAUACAAGGCAGCCAAGAUAGGACUGACAGAUCGUGCUCUGCCUGUGAGAUGUGCAUCUGCUCUUUGUUUGAUGGAAAUGACAAAACAUGCAUCUUUCCUCUACACAACCGAGAUUGAGAAUCUCUCUCAGCUGUGUUACCGCUCCUUUGAUAAUAGCAACUAUGAUGUUCGCUGCACCGUGGCUAAACUACUAGGAACUGUACUGGCCACCACACAGAAUCCACCAAAGGAAUUUGCUAAAGGGAGUAAGGGAGGAGUGGUGAAGUUACUGUCACUCGAGGAAGCACUGACAAUCCUCUUGACGGGUUUUUUACGUGGAGGAAGCAGUUUUCUUAAAGGGACUGGUGAAAUGAUCAAAGGUUCUUCGUCAGUGUCACGUGAAGUCAGAGUGGGGAUCACCCAGGCCUACGUGGUACUCGUUCAAGAGCUGGGAGCAUUAUGGCUGGAGCGAAACAUUUCAACUCUGUUGGCUCAUCUGACAGAACUCGUGGCCAGCCCAAAAGCCACCACAUCCCAUGUCGAUGCAGUAUAUUCUCGCAAAUGUGUCAAUUUCAUCCUGAGAGCUACUCUAGGACGCAUGAUUGGAGAGAAGGCACAGAUGGCUGCUUGCAAAGAAAUUACACAGCUAAUAAUUAAGCACAUGAAUAGUGUUGAUGUGAGUGGUGAGGGUACAAAAGAUGGAGGCGAGGGUGGUCAACAUGUGCUGGUGUGUUUACUACAAGAGUUGGGCUGCCUCAUGCAGUCCCUCAGCACCACUUGUGCCACCAUUGUUCUCGACACACACCUUAAUUUGGUGGAUGCAGUUGUUGCUGUUUUACUCCAUCCAAGUAGUGCAGCUCGGCUGAGUGGAGCGUGGUGCCUACGGUGCAUCUGUCUUGCCCUGCCCUCUCAACUCCACCCACUCAUUACCCGCUGCUGUGAUCGUCUUGAUGCUCUAAAGUCAUCGCCAGAAGCCAUUGCUGGAUAUAGUUGUGUUGUGUCAGCACUGGUUGGCUGUGUACAAAAGACCCCCCUUGGCAUCCCUCAUAUGCGUGGCAAGGUCCUCUUCAACAUUGCAGAGGAGUUGCUUCGAUCAGCCAGUCAGAAUUCACGUUUGUCUUUGCAUCGAACUCAAGCAGGCUGGCUGAUAAUUGGUUCUAUUAUGACACUAGGUGUUGGGGUGGUGCGUGGGCUGCUGCCUAGGAUGUUGCUUCUGUGGAAGAACUCUUUCCCUAGAUCAAGUAAAGAGAUUGAGAGUGAGAAGGCUCGGGGAGAUGCUUUCACAUGGCAGGUAACUCUGGAAGGUAGAGCUGGUGCCCUGGCCUCCAUGCACAGCUUUCUGCUUCACUGCUCGGAAUUGGCUGCAGAAGACACUGUACGGAGACUUCUCCUCCCCAUUGAGGCUGCACUUCUCAUGCUUUCCAGUAUAACACACAUUGUGAAGCAGUAUGGCCAGCACCUGAAGGCCUCGACGGCCAUGGUGCGACUCCGCCUCUAUGAAGUGCUCUCUCUCUUACCUCCUCAGUCAUUUGAGAGUCACUACACAAGUAUACUGAAGCUGCUGGUGAGUGAGUUCACACUGGCAGAGAGUGGUGCCAACACCACCACUUCCCUCCUGCGCACCAUGUGUCAUGCUGAUGACUCUGUCAUACUUGGCACCUGGCUACAUCACACACAUCAUAAGUCAAUUGAGGAUCAGUUACAGCCAAACAGUGCGAGUGGUUCAGGAGCUCUUGAGCACGAUCCAACGUUUCUCUACCGUCCACUGCCUGAAGGGGAGGCCAUUGCUGGCCCCUUGCCCCUUGGUGUAACAGUCAUUGAUGCCUCGGUUGUGCUGUUUGGGCAAAUGUUCCCUCUGGUGGCAAACAAGCACAGACUUAAGAUGUUAAAUUUGUUUGGCGACAUGAUUCGAGCAGCCAAGAGUCAACGCCAAGAAGCAGUCCAAAUGAACAUCUUCACAGCUGUCCUUAGUGCUCUUAAGGUACUGAGUGACAACAAGGCAUCCUUUGGUCAAGACGACGUUAAAAAAGCUGCAACAGCUCUUCUGUUGGGAGGUUUAACACACCCUAACUCAACUCUGCGGUGUGCAUCAGGCGAAGCCAUUGGUCGUAUGGCCCAGGUUGUAGGAGACCCCCGUUUUGUGGCAGAGAUGGCUCAGAACAGUUUUGAUAAGCUAAAAAGUGCACGUGAUGCUGUAAGUCGUACCGGUCACUCUUUGGCAUUAGGAUGUUUACAUCGGUAUGUUGGAGGAAUGGGCUCUGGCCAGCACCUCAGUACCUCCAUCAGUAUUCUUCUGGCACUUGCAAAGGACACUACCUCUCCUGUGGUACAGGUUUGGGCUCUUCAUGCAUUAUCCCUUAUUGCCGACUCAGGGGGUCCAAUGUUCCGCUCGUAUGUUGAACCUUCACUAGCCUUGCUUCUGGAACUUCUGCUUACUGUUCCUCCUCACACAGCUGAGGUUCAUCAGUGCAUUGGAAAGUGUCUCCAGGCUCUUAUUACUACUGUUGGUCCAGAGUUACAAGGUACCAAUAGCAGUGUUGUCAUGGUGAGAUGGUCUCUCCUGUGUGGGUGUGGGCUGGUGCAAGAGCAUCCUGAUCCAUUAGUGCAAGCUGAGGCUAUAGCAUGUUUGCAGCAGAUGCACAUGUUUGCCCCCAGGCAUGUCAAUCUCUCCUCGCUCGUCCCCAUGCUUGUGAAAAAGUUGAGCUGUGAUCAUCUUCUACUGCGUCGUGCUGCAGUGUCAUGUCUGAGGCAAUUGUCACAACGUGAAGCCUGGGAGGUGUGCGAACAUGCCCUGAGCCUUGCUCAGGGCUCAGAUGAGCAGGACCAAGGGUUAGUUAUGACAGAAACAGGACUUCCAGGCUUGCUGUUUGGUCUGUUGGACACAGAGACAGACUGCGUGUUGGUACGUCAUGUGCAUCACACUUUGACAUCCAUGUUGCAAGCUCUGGCAACCUCCCACCUCAACCUGUGGCUUACUCUUUGCCGAGAGGUUCUCACUAGUGCAUCAGAGAGUGGGACAAAUGAAAACCCUGGAGAGACAGGUGAAGAGGGGGCUGAUGAUGACAUGGUUCAGAUCCACACAGGAGGGGAUCCUGACCCUCACCCUAGCAUCCCUCCCCGUUGGACUACUCGUGUGUUUGCUGCUCAGUGCAUUGCCAGAAUUAUCCAAGAGUGUGAAAACAAUCGUGCACACUUUGAUUUGGCUCUUGCCAGGGAAAUGCAGACGACAAAAAUGAAGGGAGACUAUUUGGUGCUGCACCUGAGUGAGGUGGUACGUAUGGGCUUCAUGGGAGCCACCAGCGACAGUGAUGAGUUGCGACUAGAAGGCCUUCACAUCCUACACCGGGUCAUAGGCAAAUUUGCUCACAUUCCAGAACCAGAAUUUCCGGGUCAUGUGAUACUUGAACAGUAUCAAGCUCAGGUGGGUGCUGCACUUCGACCAGCAUUUGCUCCAGAUACAGCAUCUCACGUAACAGCUCGUGCUUGUGAAGUGUGCAGUGCCUGGAUAUGUUCAGGUGUUGCUCGAGACCUGAAUGACCUUCGCAGAGUUCACCAGCUGCUCGUGUCAUCUCUGGCCAAAUUAAAUAAAGGCAAUACCAAAGGACUUUACAAUGAAAGUGCUGCCACACUCGAGAAACUUGCUAUAUUAAAAGCAUGGGCAGAGGUAUAUGCAGUGGCACUGAAAGGUGCAGGUGGGUGUGAGAAGGCAGAUGAACAGGAUGAUAGACCUGAGGCAGAAACUGCGUUACAAUCAUCUGAAGAGAGCUUACUGAGUUUGGUUCAGCCAGAGCUGAUGUCUCUGUCCAAGUCUUGGUUGGCAGCUCUUAAGGAUCAUGCUCUUCUGUCCUUACCACCAGAAUUUUCAAGUCAAUUACCUCAUGAUGGAGGAGCCUUCUACUCAAAUGAAUGUGUCGAGGGCGUACGGCCAUAUUAUCGUAGUGCCUGGCCUCCCAUGCUGUAUGCUGCAGCCCUCUGGCUUGGUGCAGGAGGUUUUGAUAAAGCUGUAAUAGAUGAGAAAGACGAGUCAGAUGCAAGUCCUUCAGUAGCGGCUGUGUCACCUAACACCACUACCGCAACAACAACAGUAGUCAAGAGCCCAGAGGGCUUCAAUACUGAUCGCUUCUAUCUUCUUUUAGGAAUAUGUUUAGAGUGGCUUUGCAGUCCGCUACAUAGUGAUGACCCCGAGCGGAGUGUGGUGUGUCUACGAUCCCUAGAAACACUCUUGUCUUCACCCUGGCCAGCAAAAGUUGUUGGUCCUAAUACUAGCCUCACUACAGAAAUUGCAACAGUAAUGCAUAGACAAGUUUUAAGCUCUGACCACACUGAUGUGCACCAGUCAGCUGUUACUGUAGUCUCACUAGUGGUUAAAGCAGCACAGCAAGCUUUAGAUGAGGAGAAAAGGAAGAAGAAAAAACAUAAAGAGGAAAAACCAGCCAAUCAGGAGUGUGAAGGCUGUGAAGCAGACCUUCUGGGUGAGGGCAAGGAGUCUGGAGAGAUCAAUACAGCACAGUCAUUGGUAUUUACUGCUCUGCAGGUAUGUCUGUGUACCUUAGUCCGGCACAAGCCACGUCUGGCACCCCAGGUGGUGGCCUCGGCACCCUCCUUGCUUGCUCCUCCUCGACAUCAUGCCAAGACUCAUCAGCUUGAGGCCCUCUUGUCUUCCACUGUUACUCUCUUAACAACCUUACCUAAUUUAUGCUCUCCAGCUGGUGGAGUUGCCAUCCUACCAACCAUUUUAUAUCUGCUUACGGGUGUGUUACGAGAAUGUGGUAGCAAGUCGCGUCCCAGCCACAGUCUCCAGAAUACUCCUGCCCUCAUGACCAAAGUCUUGGAUGCUUUGGCUACACUGGCUCGGCAUUCUUAUGCCCGUGAUCCCAGAUCUAAGGACCAGUGGUGCAAUCUCCUUCAGUCAGCUUUGGCUAACAUUAUUGAUCUUAGCAAAACUUGCGAAGACGAGCGUGUAACAGAUGAAGUAGUAGUCCUUCGAGGCAUUGCCCAGUUGAUCCUUCAUGCUCCACCUUCUGUCAGCAGACCUCACAAUCUACAGUAUCCUGCAAUUAACUUGUUCAAAAUGGCCACACAACAUCCACAGCUUGAUGUACGUAUCCAGUGCAUUCAGACUCUGGAAUCUAUCUUCAGCCACACUGAUAGUGAAAUAUCAACACCCUAUAUACAUGCCCUGGCACCACGCAUCUUGGAAUACUUACAUGAGGCACAUAGUAAUGUGUCAAGCCAAGCAGAGCUACAGCUUAUCACAGAGAGUUUGAGUGCUAUGGAACUUCUGAUACCAAGAACUUUACCAGAACACAGAAAUGAGCUUGUUGGAGUACUGGUUGGGGUCAUGGUUGGAGCUUUACAAGACACUAAUCGCCUAAGUAGUGUUAAUCAACCAACUCGUCAGGUUCAUCAGUAUGCUCUUGCGAGACUUCAGAAAAUUGGACCACAAUAUCCUCAGGAGUUUCGUACGGUUUUAACAAGCAAACCAGAGUUGCGUCUGAGACUGGAGAGUGCAUUACGAGGUCAACAGGAAGCGAGGAACAAGGUUGACAGCUCAAUGGUGCAGGAUUCAAUACAUCAGCCAACUAUAAAGUUAAAGACUGAUUUUUCUAAUUUUGCUUCCAAGAUUUAGAUUUUUUUUUUGGUUAUACAUGUUAGGUACAAGUCAAAAUGUGUGUCCAAUAACAAAUUGUUAAAUUACCCUCAUUUGGAGUAUACUGUUUCAGUCAGUACUGAGAGUGAUCUAAUCAAUAUUAAAUUUUAAAGAGGCUUUACGAUCAGAUUGUAUGUAGUAUGGAAGUAGAAUUUCAUAGUGAUUGUGUGAAUGAAAAGGUUAUGUUAAUGAAAUUUUUCUAGACGGUUCUGUGUAAGACACCCAGACUAAAAAUUUAGAAAAUGUUUAGGAUAUAUAAAAAAUAUCUUGCUGGUUCUUCCAUUGCUGUACAUAUUGUUGAGCACCCAUUUGUAGAUCUUAGUUCCUCAAAACAAAUAGUAUUUGUUUGCAAAUAUUUGCAUGAAAAAGACAAAAAAUGAUUAAAUAACAGAAUUGUAAGGGAAAUACACAAGGGUAAAAUACAAGGGGCUAAAACAAAGGGUAAGCAAUUAUUAGUAUGGAGAGUGGAUAAAAUAUUGCAAGUGAGAAAGAUUUCAUGUGAGCAUAAUGGGUAUAGAAAAAGUUAGAGGGGACUGGCGUAGGCAAUUCUGUUGUUAGGUCAUCAGCCAAGGGCUGCAUUUACUAACAUUUCAAGCUCUUAAGCUGCAUUUGGGCUAGUAACAUGUAGUUAACAAGUGUUCUCCAAAAGCAUGCAAAUGAUACUCUUCAAAUAGAUGGCAUUUCUAGCAGUAACACAUUUACAACUACCUGUACUUAUGUAAAUGUAAGUAGUCUUGUAUCAAAAUUAAGAUUUUUUCUUUGCUGCAUGAAAAAAAUAGCAAUUAAUACAUGCAUGGAUAAGUUAGUAUCUUCACACACUCAAUGGUGCCGUUAUAUUCUGCAUACGUUAUGAUACAGUAAAUUUGAAGCCACUAUCAUGUAGAUGUGGAUAGCUGAGAAUAUAAUUAGUUUGGUAUGCAAAACUAUGAUUACAAAUAUAUAAAGCAAGCAGAGUUAAGAUGAUUUUACUUUUUUAGCAAGUUGUCUCGAUAAUAAAAAAUUGGUUAAACACAUCUGAAAAUUUAAGUUAUAUGACAAAAAAAGUUUUAUGUAGAAAAUCAGUCAUCUGUAAUGAAGCUUUUGGUGUGAAUUGAAUUUAAAAGAUAUCCUUAAGCAACUGAAAAAUAAAAGUAUUGCACUUAAAGUGACUGGACAGGUUUAGUGUGAUGAUUUAUCACAGUGCACGAGAAGCUAACUACAACAGCCCUAAAAUGAAAAAAUAACAUUCUUAACUAUAAAGUCUCAGUUUUUGCCAAGAAGCAUUGGAUUUCCAAAACUAUUUGGUGUGAAAUAGUGUACAAUAGGCUGCACUUUUAACAGAUUCAUAUUUUUAAUGUGCUUUUUAUUUUGUAAAUUAGCCUAAGGUUUUCUGUAUAUACAUAUAUAUAUAUUGUAUGUGUAUUGAUAGAGCUUGAGAAGGCUUUUUUUAAAUUGGGUAUGCAAUCUUCCCUCAGACGCACUCGAGGAUUGCAUCCCAUGGAUGGUGCAUAAACACAGGUAUAUCUAAUUACAUAACCAAAGACCAUAGUGUAUAUUUUAUUCUUGUUUUAUUUAGUGAAAACUCCAUUGAUUUGGCAAUCACAUCUAUUCAUGUCUUUAAUCAUUCCACAAAGAAAUAUAAGAUUUGUAAUACUAAUUACAGUACCAGUAGUCUUUUUAUUGGGGAGCCCUAGAGGCUUCCUGUAGCUAUCUCACUGAGAUUGCUCCAAUGUACAUGUCAUAUCGGUCGCAUGAUUUCUGCUUAGCCUACCAGGAACCAGCGCCAGAACCUGGUCCCCUCACACAAGGCGCAGAGAGCAAAUGAUAUUCCGCCAUAUCACUGGCACAGCACCAGAAAGUCGGCAAAGCUUUACACACAACUGCUAGAGUCACAAGACUCAAAAGCCAUGAAAACACCACUAUCCAAACAAUACAAAAGAAAUAGCUAGAACCCAUUAGUACCGAAUGCUGCCACUAGGUGACUUGGUUUAGCACCAGCUGUCAAAUCAGUUCUUUCGCUGUGUAGACAACACCAAUGCAGUAGCCCUCCUUUGUCGCAUCACCUUGCAGCAAGUAUCAUUGCUUCUAAACUAAGUACAGGCCAUCCUAGGACGUCAUGUGAGGGCUUUUUUGGGGGGGUAAAUAUAUCAUUCCAUUAUAUUAUUUGCUUCAUGAGCAUGUUUCCAGUUUUGUUGUGUGGACUUUUUUGUGCUUCAAACUGCAUACAUCCAGUAGAUACUUCCCUGUGUUUGUGAACAUUGCUCUUGCACUUACAAGAGUUCCUUCUCUGGGGUGUUCAGAGGUUCAUCCUUCCUAUGCCAGGCCACCAGGGUGGAGUGCCUUACAUGUCUUCUGAUCUCUGUUUAGGCCAGUUGGGGGCAUUCAUUAUGUUGUGUAGGAUGCAUACUAGGCACGAGUGGUUUGCUUAUACGGCACGCUGCAGGCACCAUUUUGCAUCACAGAUAGUAAGGCAGCUUGUGGUUCUUAUUUUGGCAAGUGUCCCCUGUGCCUGGGAUCACAUGGCCCUUCUAUUCCCCAAUAGGUCUCAGACAAGGUCAUUUAUGCAUAAAGAAUGGCCCAUUGAGCCCACUCUCACCCACUGCAAGUGUGAAGGAUGUUGGUCACCUUUACUUCAUGGUGAUUACUUUCUGCCUCUGCCAUGCUACCUGUUGGGUUGAUGACUCUUAUGAUCUUGAAUUAUGAUUCCUCUCUGUUUCUGCUUCUGAAGUAGAGGAAUUUCGGGCAGCUGUCACUUUACGGGCAAGGUUUGCCUGGUUUCAGCGUUUACAGCUUUGUGCUCAAAUGGACACCUCAGCCCCAGAACUGGAGGUAUUGGAUCUGCAUUUCUUUGUUCCCAGGCAAGUGUGGUUUGCCCUGCUCAAUUCCUCCCCACGCCAGGUGAGCGUCUUACCACUACACCACGGAGACUGUUAAUCUUGUUAAUCUCUUCUGCCUUUCGUCUGAGAUUCCUUUAUUAAGGGAGUGUUUUGGCUGGCUCUUGCUUCCAGUUGUCUGUAAAGCUUUGCUGACUUUUCUGCAUGUUUUCCCAGUGAAAUGUCAUUCUGCACCUUGCAUGAGGGGGGAGGGCAUUCUGGUCUUUGUAGGCCAAACUGAACUUUGCAGCCGAUAUAACACAGAUUGAAACAAUCUCUGCUGUUAUUUAUUCCAAUCUUGUUUGAUUAGAACAAACUACAGGGAUCAAGCAAAAAGCGAGCACUGGGACUACCAGAAAGAAACAUUUCAUCACCUUCAAAGCUGGUUUAUUAUUCCUUUUAUUUUCUCUUAAUUGUGUGUAUUAAGGGCAAGGAAUGUCAUGAUAGUACACUGUACUGUACUAAGUUUGUGUUGAGAUUUGAUUUGAUUUAGUCCACCAUAUUUGCCAGUUUUUUUUUUAUAAUUUUCAAUAAUUUGUACAAAAUCCAGUUAAUUUAAUUUUUGUCAUGUCAUAAUUCUAAACGUGCAGCUGCAAAGUUUUUAGAAUUUAGUGUGUAAAACAACUGCAUUAUUAUUUGCUUUUAAUUUUAUGUUCAUGAUCGGGUAUGCUAAAGAUUUUCAAGGGGGGUAAAAGCUUGAUAAUUCAUACCUUCUUCCGUCCCAAUUAGUACAAAUCAAUGAAGUUUUCAAAAAAUUUACACAAAUUUACUAGUAAGAAUAUUUUAUAAUAUUCAAUUAAGGACAAGAGAAAAAUUAGAUAAAAUUUUUAUUUGCAUUAAUGCCAUAUAAUCUGCCUACACGUCUUUAAGGCAUGCUAAGUAUUGAUACAAUUUUAAGGUAAUCUCAAGUAUUUUGACAAAGAUAUUUGAUUGCCCAAGGACCAUAUUUAGCUGUUCCCCAUUCCUGCCACUAGUAUGUGACACCAUUCUCUAUUGUUAUGAGUUUAGAGUUCCAAAAUAUGGACCAGUGGAAAAGCAAUGUGAUAUUACCUUGACAAGUUAUUAAGUGUGGCAGUGUACUGUUAUUUAGGUGUGGCAGCCCAUUUUGUACGCAAAUAAAUAUUUAAACAUUAUUAAUGAUAAAAUAGCAUUUAAUUUGUGUGACGUUUGAGACUAGCAAUAAACCUUAGUUCAUUAC